AUGAGGUGUGAGGCAGGAAGUUCCACACUUGGUUCAGUGUCUGUUACUUUUGCACUGAUGAUUCUAGUGAGUGUUGAAAUUCAGGUCGAAAGCUCUCUCACGUCUCCCAAUGAGGAUCUAUUAAUCGAAUGUAACAUCCAAUACGUGCCAAAUGGCUGGAAUGAAAUCAAAUUGGUGUCCGCUGACAUCAACAUUGGCAUUAUAGCUGUCGGUUAUUCUAACAGAACAACAAAGAAAGACAGCAACUCAUACCAACUGACUCUCGAAUUUGGCGAAAAUAAUGUGUCCAUUAGUCUUCUAUUCCCCAACACAACGCAUCAUUGUUUUGCCAGAAAUAACUACACUUGUGUACUCCAUAACAAUGGAAAUGUAUUUGUCGAGAAAACCGAAUACGUGUCCAUCCCAGAGAUGGAAAUGAACGAUUCACUGACAAAACCUGGAGAGGAGAUCACCAUUACCUGUAACGUCCGGUAUGCUCCGUCGGGUUGGGACAACUUCAGUAUCGUAUCCAUUGAUAAUAAUGAUGUACACGUUAUAGCUUAUUCAAACGGAACUGUCGUAAAGGGCAAUACCUCGUACACAGCUGGAAUACAACAUAACAACGAGGAUAUGACACUAAAAGUGCAGUUUCCUAACACCACCACACAUUGUACCGCUAGGGGGAGCUAUUUAUGUACACUGACAGACGACGGUGUGAUCAUCAUCAAUGGUACAUCAAAUGUUAUAAUUACAGAUCUUGCUACUAACCUAGUAUUGGACGGAAAUAAUACAGUUCAGGAAGGUGAAAGAUACGCCAUGACAUGUUCUGGUAGACUGGCGUCGAAAGGCGGUGAGCUUUACCUCCAUGUUCGAUCUGGAAUUGAUUCAGACUUUGUCAGAGCUACACAAGUUCCCUCAAUAACUAUUAAUAACGAUGAUGACACGUGCUACCAAUCCAUAAAGAAGACCUACGACUUCUUCGCCGAGACUGCCCAGAAUGGAACAGAAUUCAAGUGCGUUGCCACCAAUGAUAAACUAUCUUCCUAUCAAAGCAGCAGCUCCAUCGAUAUGAUUGUAGACUUUGCAGAUUUCAGUACAGAUUUUCAUUUGCAAAAUACCUCUUGGACCCCUGCGUACAACGACACAAAUAGCCCUGAAUUCAUAAGCCUCGCUGGCCAGAUAGAAAAUGAGACUAACUACGUGUACGGAAAAAGCGACUUGCGAGAAAACUUCCAGAAGGCUAAAGUUACACAAAUUAAUGAUAACAACGUUGUAUCAACUACACUGACAGCCGCGGAUAUCGUGAAAGCUUUCGUAGACACACUUGCACUGGUCGCUGACGAUCUUCCCAACAGUUCUAUCGGCCAGGUAGAUACCAGCAGUAUUACCGGAGAAGUGAUUAUUACUGAUCCUACUGAGAAUUACGACUGCAACUCGAAGACUGAUGUCGUAUUUCUACUGGACGCAUCUGGAAGUAUCGGUAGUUUUAACUUUGGAACAAUGAAAUAUUUCAUACAAAACUUUACAGCAAAUGUUAGGUUGGGUCCAAAUGACAUUCAGAUCGGUGUAACAAAAUUUUCCUCCUCUCCAAGUAAUGAAUUUUGGCUCAAUGAACACUAUGGAGUAUUAACUCUGAAUCCCGCGAUAGAAGAUAUAAACUACACUGGAGGGGGAACAAGAAUAGCCGCUGGUUUGGAAUAUGUUUUGAAUAAUUCACUUAAAGUUGCCAAUGGAGCAAGACAGGACUCGGAGAAAGUAGUUAUUCUUAUGACUGAUGGAAAGUCGUCUGAUGAUCCAGCAGCAGUAGCCACCACAAUGAGGAAUGCUGGCGUCCUUGUAGCAUGUGUCGGAAUAGGGAAUGGAAUUGAUAUGAACCAGUUAAACGAUAUCGCUUACAACUCUUCAUAUAUCUUUUUCGCGUCCAAUUUUAAUGUGCUUACACAAAUCAAAGAUACUGUGAAAAGUUCAUCAUGUGAAUUUGAUAACAACACAAAGAAAUAG